GGUUGAUGUAGGUGAUUGACAGCUUCCCUGCUGUAUGCCCCGCCCACGCGAGUCCGGUGUGAAAGACUUUUGGUCAGCGGCGGAAGUUCAGUUUACCGGGUUUAACGUGACUGUCCAGCUGACUUUCAGCAGAACUACAGCGUGGAAACCUGCCGGCAGGACUGAGAGAGGAGCGGCGCUGCUCACACUCACGCAGCAGUGUGUAGUUUUAUAUUUUGGGAAGCUUUUAGGGUUUGAGUUAAAGUUUGUAGUGUUUUAAGUGUUCAGGCUUGCUUUGGUUGUAUGGAGAGUUUCAGCAGUGCUGCUCUCUUUAUUUGGAUAACACUGGUUUCAUUAGUUUUUCAGUAACAUUGCUGUAAGGUUUGUGUGUGUUGUUUGAGAAUAGAGGGACAGUCUUUCAGUGUAUGUACUUUUAACCGCGGUUUUGCCAGCAAGAGUGACACUUUUACCAUUAACAGAAGAAGCUUCCACUGUGUAUGUUUGACUGGAGAAUAUGGGGGACGAGUCCAGUCCGGGAGAGGUGAAUGACAACCAGUGUUUUGUUGAUGGUCACUUAAAGGUCCCCAUAGCAAACAACAGCCAAGUUCAGACUGAACACAGUGCCCCUCUCCAGAGGGAUCUAACCACGGCCACCACUCACCUGUACAAGAGGAGAUGGCUGAUAGUGUGCCUGUUCAGCUCCUAUUCCCUCUGCAACUCCUACCAGUGGAUACAGUACGGGAUCAUCAACAACAUUUUCAUGAAGUUCUACAAUGUAGACUCCUUCACCAUAGACUGGAUGUCCAUGAUCUACAUGCUGACCUACAUUCCGCUCAUCUUCCCUGUGACAUGGCUCCUGGACAAAAAGGGACUGAGGGUCAUCGCACUGGUUGCCACAGCCAUGAACUGUGCCGGAACAUGGGUCAAGGUGGCCAGUGGCAGGCCCGACCUCUUUGGCGUGACCUUCUUCGGACAGGUCAUCUGUUCAGUGGCCCAGGUGUUCAUCCUGGGUAUGCCCUCUCGCAUCGCGUCCGUGUGGUUCGGGUCCAAGGAGGUGUCCACUGCGUGCUCCAUUGGCGUGUUUGGAAAUCAGCUUGGAAUUGCCAUUGGGUUCCUCGUCCCGCCCAUACUGGUACCAAAUGUUGAAGACAUGGAUGAGCUGGCCGGCCACAUCAGAGUAAUGUUCUACAUCACAGCCGGGGUGGCCACAUUACUCUUCAUCCUGGUGGUGAUUGUGUUCCAGGAAAGGCCAGAUAUUCCCCCCACUCAGGCUCAGGCAGCAGCUCGUCUGAUCCCAGCAGAAAAUUACUCCUACACAGCCUCCAUCCUCUGCCUCCUCCGCAACAGACCCUUCAUCCUCCUCAUCAUCAGCUACGGGUUAAAUGUUGGUUGUUUUUAUGCUGUCAGUACACUACUCAACCGCAUGAUCAUCGAGCACUAUCCAGGUGAAGAGGUAAAUGCUGGCAGGAUUGGCCUGACCAUCGUCAUUGCCGGCAUGGUCGGCUCACUUAUCUGUGGCAUCUGGCUGGACAAGACCAAGACAUACAAGCAGACAACUCUGGCGGUAUAUGUGAUGUCUUUGGUCGGCAUGGUGGUGUACGCCUUCACCCUGAACCUGGGUCAUCUCUGGGUUGUCUUCAUCACUGCUGGAGCACUUGGGUUCUUUAUGACUGGGUAUCUGCCUCUAGGCUUUGAGUUUGCAGUAGAGCUGACCUAUCCAGAAUCUGAGGGAACAUCCUCUGGCCUACUGAACUGCUCUGCUCAGGUGUUUGGAAUAAUUUUUACCAUCUGUCAGGGGAAAAUCAUUGAUCAAUUUGGAACACUGGCUGGAAACCUCUUUCUGUGUGUAUUCCUGCUGGUAGGGACUAUUAUAACAGGAUUGAUCAAGUCUGACUUACGCAGACAGAGGGCAAACCAGUUAGCCAAGACAGCCGCUGCAGCCGGUCUUCAUGAGGCUAAGGAUUACGGCUCUACGGCUCUUUUUAACAGCUCACAGCCCUGAUCAGUAAUCACUGCUAAUUCUGCUUUUACCACUGCACGUUAAGACAGGACAAUGCAAAUGGCUCAACAGUGAACACUCCUGCUCACAAUGUGCCUGCUACCAAACUGUAAAAAAAGCACACACACACAUGAACUGAAAGCACAGUGAUCAUUAUGUUCCUGCACUCCUGGAAGGCCUUCAUUUAGAAUUUUACUUAAAGAUGAAUUUUGAACAAAAUUCCUGCUUUUUAAUAGAUUAA